AUGGUGGAAUCUCAGGACGAUUACUCUUUGGCCGUAGCCAUGCAAUUACCUGCGUCCCCGGCUAACCCACCAUGUGACUCGCGGGCGCAAGAUCCAACAUCGGUGCCUUUGCCUCCAUCACCAUCUUCAUCUCCAAUGUUGCUCCCGGAAAACGUGGGGACAGGUGAGUUCGGUGGCUCGGGCCGUUCCAGUCCCAGGGUUAUGGCCUCUCCCAAUGGAAACGAUGCUAUACCUCCGCCCCAGGUCUCUUUUGAGAAAUUUGCCACCCGAUACCACCAAACCCAGCGCAAACAGGCCCAGAGGAAACGGCUGGAGAGGCGCUUGCGCGCUACCAAGGUGUCUAUCGGCGUCUCCGCGCGCAUGAUCCGUAUUGGGCUCACUUCACAGCGCGGUCUGGUGGAAGCUCUCCGACACGAUGACAAGGCCAAUUUCGUUGUUCUAUACAAUACACUCCAUGAUAUUCAGGAUUCGUGUCACUCCUCCUUGAACGAUGACCAUGCAGACUCCGAAUCCAUGGACCUUCCGUCCGGCACGGACAUGGAUCGUUUCCCGGAUUUCCUCCACCAGAUGAGCCCGCAGUCCCGGGCGGACUUCCUAGAGAUUCUGCGGCUGGUCCGCUCUGACCCUCAGUUCUUGGUCGAUCGGUUGCGAAGCCUGUCUUCGUCCCAACUGGCCGCUUUUACCUCCCCUGCUACUAUUCUGGACGCCACUGAUCCCGCUUUCCCUUCUACCUCGCGUGCCCGCGGCCAGUCCUAUCUUGGCCGGAACCAUGCCCAGUCGGCUGACUUCAAGGACCAUGCGUUUGCUUUUGAGAGGACGGAUCCACUGUCUAUACUUCUCUUUAACGUUUUUGCUGCCCCCUUGGACUCAGACACAGCCGAGUCCGGCUUACGGAUGGAUGUGUGGUCUUCUGUCUGCGCCCAACUAAUCUCCCAUGGAAGUAGUAGAUACUACCCUCUCAUCGGCCAGAUUCUGUCUUCCUGGACAACUAGCAGCAAUUGGAAAGCUCGCCCGAAAUUUGAACUCUACCUCAUGGAUAUUUUACAGACCGGUGCUUUUCUUUUGGAGCCUAUUACUGCACCGUCCGGUUUGGAUUUUGACAUGGAUGCCUUGGAUCCACUGCGCACCGACGUUGCAGAGGAGUUCUUUGCUUCCGCUGUGGAUGACCUAUUCCGCUUACUUGAUGAUCCAGACGGCGGCUUCCCCCAUGCUGUUCUUCAAUUUGCCAAGUCCGUUUUGUGCAAGCUCGAUAGCCCUGAGAGCCGUAAUCGCUUCUUAGAGUUUGUGUUUGUCCAGUGGUUCUUUUCCAAGUUCCUCUAUGGCGCAUUGACAUAUCCUGAGACCCACGGUCUUCUCCUCGACUUCCAUAUCAGAAAAGAUGCCCGCGAGAAUUUGUUGAACCAGGUUGGGCAACGUGCCUAUUCUCAAGUAUUUGCUGUUUUGCGUUCAAUGCAUCAUUUCUCGAUCCCUCGUCCAAUCAUCAAAGAGCGUGUCGAGAACAUGCUCUCUCGCUUCCAGACUUCACCCUCUCAAGUAUCGGUCGAUUCUUCUAUUCCUUCACAAGCACCACCCCCUCGACGAAACCCCCCUUCGACUUUCCUUAUGAUAUCUUCUUUGGAUAUUCUCACGCUUCUAGACGCUCUUUUCCAACAGUCAUCUUCCGCUUCUUCUUUGCAUUCACCGUCAUCUACAUCUAUGCAUUCUCCUACUCUCUCACCAUCCUUCAGCAUUCGCCCUGAGUCCAUGGAAUCUGCAUUUAACCGUUCAAAAUAUGACAUCUCAAGGCCCACCUCCAACAACGGUUCCAUGUUCUCUCUCAGUUCAUCCAUAUUAGCUGCAGGCAAUGAACUGAGUGACAAGGCAGCUCGGAUCCGCUUCGAGCUGACGGACUUGGACCACCCUAAUGAGCGUUUGAGUAUAGAACACCCCUCAACCGAGCAUUGGGCUAUCUUCUCUGUUGCAGCGGACGGCCAUGGUCUCACCUGGAGUCUGCUGCCUGAAAGUAAAGACGAUGCAUCAAAAGGUCUGAUCAUUGAAACCGAUGACGACGCACAUUCCACUCUUGGGCUGGACGAAAACCAUGAAGCUUUGCAGACUGCAAUCGUUCGUCUUGUUAAAGAAAAUCGUAUUCGAGACUCGGAUGACGAGUUUCUGCCUCAAGAACGGUCGGCCUCGUCUCUCAAGCAGCAGUUCAACCAGGCUAUGUUUGCUUGUCACGAUGAGUCUGACUUUGUCGGUGCUCACUACUGGUGGAAUGCUUCCAGGCAGCUUGGCCAGCGGGCAACACCCACCUCAACUCGGUCGGACGAUUCAUGGAUCCUCACACCAAUGCAUGAUUCUUACAGUCGCUCAUUGGACCGAUCACGGGCUGUGAUUGAGCGUUGUGAAAACGAUUUCCUUUCUUUGGAUCAUAGCCUCCGCCGACUCAAGACUCAAGUUAAAGAUCUGAUGGCCACAUUUUCCAAGAUUCGGGAUAAAAUGUGGUACAUGACCGAUGUGAAGAACUCCAUGAGGUAUGAAGAGGCGAAGCAUGUGGCUAUGGCUUUGAAAACCAUGAUCUACUCCGCUCGGCUGUUUAGCCAAUACCCCGAGGAACAAAGAUCUCGCUAUGGACCUCGGUCGCUAGGCGGUUCUUUGUUCCAGAAACCUGAAGUGCAGGUCAUGAACAUGAUGAAGGCACCUAGUAGUCAAGGUGGACCGAACAAGCUAUCAGAUGAACAAGUCGAGCUAACACGAAAGUGGCUGUCGCACAAUGGUAUUGAGAACUUCUGCAAAGGAGAGGAGCGAAUCCACCGCUUCUGCUAUGAGGUCCGCACGAGCAUCAACAAAUUAGUUGGUGAAACGAUGACAGAAACUCCGGUGUUAUGGGCAAGUGAGCUCUUCCAGAGAGAACGCUCAAAGUACGAGGACUACGGUACUCGCGCCUUCCCAGGCCUGUCCAUGCCUAUGACCCCUCGCCCGUCAACAGCGAAUGACGAGACAACGCAUGCUAGUCAUUUCUAUGGGAGCAAUCUACCUGUUCCUGAUCACAUGUCUCGCUUUGCUCCGGACACUCCUUCACUGGCACGCAAGCCCUCCAUUCAGAGCAUCAUCUCCGACAAAUGGCGUCCUCAGCGAGACCUGCCUUCAAUCGAUAUCUCUUCCCUUGGAGGGUCACCAGGCCGCGCUGCUUCAACAUCGACUGGUGAUACUUACAGUACAUUCUGGUCCGCACCCCAACGUCACCCGAUGUAUGCCACGAGUGUAUCAAGUGCAUACUCACGACCACCAUCAAUGUUCAGUGAAACAGCAGCCCAUCAGCCCCGUCGCGUCGAACGCAAAACACAGGGAAAGACCGCGUUCAUGAAUGGUCUGAGACAGGCUCUGACCAGUCUGCUACUCAGUGAUCUCGGCUCACCAGUAUGGAGCUGUGGUAGUGAAACCGACGCCUGGUUCACGAAUUCACUAAACCAGAAGCGGAUCCAGGUUGAGAUGCGCAGACGUGCUGCUGUUCAAAGGUUCUACGCUGACUAUGAAAAGCGACCUCAGCAGCCUGGUUUGAAGGGUCGUCGGAGCAGGUCUCUUGAGGAUCUUCGUUCUUCCUCCCAUAAAGCUACUAGUGCGGAGGACACGCCCAUAUCAUCGCAGUCUUCUGAUGACCAGUCGGAAUUUUCAUAUCAGGCUGUUUUCCAUCGAUUGAUUGAGGUCUUCUCGCGACAUGGCAGUCCCUUUGUCAAACUCAAUGCUCUACGCGACCUGCGGUCUUUGGUGAUUGCGUCGCUCAUCUCGCAAGACUCGAGCUCAAACACGACUUUCGCUGUUGGGGAAAGCGAUCUCCGGAGCAGUCCUCAACAGCGUCGGUCGCGUCACAGUUUCUCCGAGGUGCAGAGACGUAAUAUCCCUCCGAUGGACACGGCGCUACCCUCCGCCGCUGAAUCCGUAACCGGUGGCUCCAGAAGAUCCGACUACUCCACGCCUUCCGAAUCCCAGAUUGUAGCAACGAUGCGCGAUCUCAUCUUGGAAGUCAAGCCUAAAACGCUAUUCAGGGACCUUCAGUUCAUCUCAGCGUUCGUCCCAGCAGACCAACUAGACCAAACCCGCGGCACGGCUUUCCUCCAGUUCGGUCUAGCAGCGCUUAGCCUUAAAGAAGAGAUCUGCUACAGUCAAGUCGAGAUCGCAGACCGGAUCGUCUCCCAAGAACUAUCCCGCCGCCAUCCCCCAUUCCCGUCGGAUUUCAAAUCCCAACCCGGGCAUGCCAUCCAAGAUGCAGCAGGCAUGUGGAUUAUCACGGCAAAAGAAGGAAACCCAGUGGCACAGCGCGAGCUUGCCAUUCUUUACCUGACUCAUCCCGAGCUCCUUCCGCGCGUGACCCUCCCUCUGACUCUUCCGCGGGAUACCUUCAAGGCUGAGAUGAUGUACCGCCGAGACAAGGACUCAAAGUCAGAUCCGCAGAGCAUGUGUCUGGCACUGCACUGGAUGCAGUUGUCGGCCAGUGGUGGAGAUACUCUGGCGCGAAAUAGGCUUCGUGAGCGUGAGGAGUUCGACUCCAUUGCAUAG